AAAGAGAAAAUCAGUAUGUUUUAAAGAUUGAAUUGUAUGAUGCUACAAAGAGAAGGAAAGGCAGCAGGGAGAGUCCUAAGUUGAUGGAACUUGCAUUUGAUGAGCCAUUUUCCUGAGUUGACGGUACUGUUUUAGAUCCACCUCCUGCACCCAAAUGUCAAUUUUGAAUGACUUUACAGCAAGUUGGAAACCGAAAGUUCACAUUUGAUGUUAGUGUGGGGAAAUAAAUAUAUGAAAAUUGACUCUUGCUAGCCAACUUUUUUUUGCACGAGUUUCUACAUCAGUUGACUUCGGUUACCUACAAACAGAAUAAUGAAAAAGUAGCAGCCCUUGAUAAAAUGGAACGAGUCAUGGAUAAUUCUAUACCUGGAAUUAUGCUUCCAGAUUCUGGCGAUCCUGCAGGAGCAGCAGCUGGACAUGCACAUGUAUAAUAGUUAGUAGAAUAUUAGGAAUUCCCUCCUUUUUCUUUGAGAGAAUGAGUUGUAUCAACUAGUCUUCUGUACUUUCCUAAAAAGUGUCUUCAUCAUUAAAAUAAGUUCCUGCUAAUCACUAUGGAGAUUUUACUUCCAUUCUUUAGGCCAGUUACAGCGGCUGAUGGAAGGCGUCUGAACAUUGCAAGCAGCAGGUAAGGCCAGAGCUUGGGUCUGGUUGAUAUUGAUCCCCAGAGACGAGCCGCCACCAUUUAGGACCUCACACAAGCAUUGCGGUGAAGUGCGAACAACAUUGGCCAGCUGCGUGCAGCAUUGUGAAGAUGGGGUUGAGGAGUUCCCUGUGAUGAAAUUGAGGCAAGGGGACAUGCUUAUUAAUACGUUUGUGCAACUUGACUGGGCUGCAGCUCCUGCCCACAGCAUGAUCACCACUGGAUGCACAGCUUCCAUGCUUUCCACAGUCACUCCUUGCUUGAAUUUCCUUACUAACAGCACUGCAAAUGGUACUUCACCAACCUCAGAUUGUUGCAAUGCACUUAAGUCUCUUACCGGAAACAGCAUGGACUGUGUCUGCCUCGUUGUCACCGGAAAUGUUCCCCUUACGAUACCAAUCAACCGAACCUUAGCCAUCUCUCUUCCCCGUGCUUGUAACAUGCCCGGAGUUCCCCUACAAUGUAAAGCCUCUGCUGCACCUCUUCCUGCUCCAGGUCCUGUUGCUCUCGGCCCGAUUCUUUCACCUGGAGCUUCACCAUCCUCAAGUACAGAAGUUCCUCAACCAACACCAUCCGCCAGUCAACCACCAGAAUCAGACACAACACCAUCUCUAACUCCGCCGGUUGAUGCCGAAACACCAAACACAACAGCAGGAAGCCGCCCUGUUCUGACACCAUCGGCAGCACCUCCUGCUUCCUCCCUUUCUCCUUAUUUUCUUCUGUUAUUUGCAUUUGGACUUGUUGGAUUCUAAGUAGUAUUAGCUAGGUCUCUUUUUCUUCUUCUUCUUCCCAUCUCUUUUUGUUUGGUGUGAUGAGAAAUAUUCUUUCAUGGGUGGAGUGAAAAAUUACAUUUUUGUAUUAUGCAAGUCAUUGAAGCAAUAAACUUUUGAUUAUUUUAUUUGAUA